CCCGCGCUGGUACCGCCCCCGCUCGCUGUCAUUCGUCCGGGGAGAAGCCUACCGCUGCCGGUGCGGUCGUGGCGCUGGCGGAGUGGAGCAGCGAGAGCCGCAUGUAAAUGAGCGCAACCUCCGCGUGUCGGUGUCACCUGAGGAUCCACGGGGGAAAUUUUGCUCUCACGCUUUCCUCCACGGAAGCUGACCUUCAACGUUGCGUGGGGAGAGAAAGGUUAAAAGCCAGAAUAUUUGAAGCGACCGUCGCCCGCCUCUCCGCGAAGACUCUCUGUCGCCCCCUGCUAGUCAUGCAGAGUGUGUGUGCGGUCAUGCUGGCACUUGCCGCCUCCUUCAGCUCGGCUAACUCCGAUGUGCACCAACCGAGACACGACUCCAAUCUGGAGAUCUACAAGCGGCUGUUUGAGACCAAAAGGAAAGAUCAGCUGAAUGCGCUGAAGAAUCUGGUGGAGCUGAACGACAUCAACCAGCAGUACAAGAUCAUAGACAUCAUGCUCAAAGGACUCUUUAAGGUGCUGGAUGAUUCGAGACAAAUCCUGGUUGCGGCCAACAUGCAGCCAGAUGAUCCCUUCCCCAUGGACGACAAGAUCAAAGAAGCUUAUUCCCAUGUGGUGGAGAAUACAGCGUUUUUCGGAGACGUGGCACUACGUUUUCCUCGUAUUGUCCACCACUACUACGACAGAAAUGCUGACUGGGGGGGCCUCCUACGCUGGGGGCUGAAUUUUUGUAACCAGACUGGAGUUUUCACAGGAGGAGCCCACCAACAUGUCCUUACUCUGAUGUCACAGGAACUUGGAAUCACAGAGAAAUCACCUGACUUUAUAAACCCGUACCGCACAGAGAGAGAUGAUGUACUUCACACUGCUGAGGCUUUCCAGAAGAUCCUGAGGGAGGAGGAGAAAAGGAGGAGGAAGGAAGAGAAGAGGAAAGAAAUCAGGAAAGGUCCUAGAAUCUCGCGCUCGCGCACGGAGCUAUAGCACUGCGUCGCAGUCAUCACGCCAAGCAGAGAGGUGGAAAAACAAGCGACACAUGGGGCCGCGAUGGGACAGCUUUACUUGUGGACUCAGAUGACAGCAAGGGGAGCAGCUGCCAUCACCAUGACCAAAAGCGAGGCGCUCUGCUGAGGAGGUGAAAUAAACCCUCAAUGUGACACAAAAACAAGCUGGAACUGGAGGAGUAACCUGAACUUUCACAGUGAAUUUAAAAAUUUUAAAAAUGACAUGUUGUUUGAGAAGGAUCUGAUAAGGAAAGCUCAUUUUUGGAAUAAUUCACAUUAGCGUAAAGGGUUUCCCCUAAAACAUUGUGUCUGGUCGAGAUUUAAUGUGCGUUAUGUCAGCCCACGUUGUACAUCUUUAAAAAGAAAAAAAGAAGAGAAUAUUGUGGAAAAAGU